AUAUUUUCACGCUGUACAAAUCUAUUUUCAAGCGUCUGCUGAUCUGUACUGUAUCCUCGGUUCUCAAACUAGAAUUGUGUCCAGAAAAAAAACUUAUAAGAAAUUGCUAUUAGAAUCAGUAAUAACUAUGCCAUUUUGCAGAUAAUGGUCAUUGUCGAUUUAACUAUAAACUUCUGUCAUAAUGUCAUAUUUCAAAAUUUGGCGCUGUAAAACUUAAUACUUUACUCAGAGUCUGUAAACGCUCAUUUAAAUUUGAAGGAAUAAAAUUUUAUAACAAGAAUGGAAAAAUAUCAAGGAAUAGAUGAUGUUCCCCAGGCCAUGAAAGUUGCAAUAGCUAUUGGAAUUAUUAAGAACAAGCCACCAGACAUAAGUGGAAGAAGAUAUGCUGAAAUUCUAUGUGAGAAAUUUAGAACAAGUCAGCUACACUGGAAAAAGCAAUAUGAAAGAGCUGGUACAGAAAUACUUCACCUGAAACAGCAAUUGAUGAUGACCACACAAAUGCAACCAUCUGCGGAAAGGGCUAAUGAACAAAACAGUCAAAUGUUAGAUGAUUCUUUACCUUCUACCAGUCAGUCAUUGUUUCCAACACCACCACUUUCAGGAAAUGCUGAAUUGCUACAGGGAACCAGUUCUGGAACACUUGCUGAUGCUGAGUUCUCAUUGGCUAAACACACUGAAUUUUUGCACCAUGUGAUCAAUAUUCAGUCUGCUUCCAAAAUUUUGGAGUCAGAUAAAUCUAUGCAAAAUGUAACUCAACAAAGUUUGAAACACAGUCUGGUUAUACUGCAAACUCACAUAGGAGACAGUAAAAUAUCAUGGACUGUCCAAGAACAAUGCGUCCAGACUGUUAAUACUAUUGUAGAUAAGAAAAAUAUUUCAGAGACUGUUCUAAAAGAAGUGUGCAGUUUGUAUUCCCAUUUGAUAGAGGAAAUCAUGUCAUAUGCAAAUCAAGAUUAUAAGGUGCAAAAGAGAAAGUGCGACUUGCUGUAUACAUUUAGUGACUGCAGAAAACUGAUACCUAAGUUCCUCCAGCUUCUCUCUGGUGCUAUCCUUAGCUACUCGAGCACUCUCCGAAAAUGUGUGCAAGAAAAAGAAUUUCCAGACAGCUCUAAGUUCUGUAGUAGUUAUUACAUUAUAAAGGCAGCUGAAAAGUGUAUAUGCAAAAGUGAAAGACAAUUGACAAGUGAGGACAAACUAGUGAUUAGAACUAAACUGGAAAAUAGUUUGCUACAUAUUACAGAUCACUACCCAUUAUUUGCACAUGCAAUUUGGAGACUAUGUUCUCUUUUGACUUGAUGUAUGUAGUCAAAAAAAUUCUUCGUUUUUUAAAGGCAUAUUAUUCCCCAGAAAUGAUUUUAUUUUCAUUACUCAAAAGUUUUUUUUGCUUUUGGUUUCCUGUUAAUUUUUCUAAUAAGUUACAAAGUGGCUAAUUACUUGACCCAUCUUUUGCUUCUGUUGAUGUUUUUUCUAAUAAGUUACUACAAAAAAAGCAACAAAAGCAAAAGAUGGUUCAAGUAAUAAUAAGUUCAGUUAUAAUGAUUUUGUAUGGAAGUCAAAAUAUUACUUUGUUUACAUUUCACUUCUUUCUUUUUUUUGACAAAUAAAUUUCACAUUCAAGUAGUCUACUACCUUCAGCUGAUAUUUAUUUAUAAUUCUAUAAAACUUUUAUUUACAUAUCAUAAUACUUUUCCCCCUUUCUAUUUGAGUAAAUAUUUAUUCAUUUCUUACUAAUAAGAUUCCUUUUAAUGAACUGUCACAGAGAAAUGCCUGCAAUUUUUGCUUGUCAUAUCUAAAAGUACUGUUUAAAGAAUAUUUAUUUUAUGUGAAAAAUUGCUAUAAACAGUGAAAAAAUGAAGAAUGAAAUGAAAACAUAGUACAAAUUUUGUUAUUGAAGUAAACUGCAUGAUUUCUUUCAAGUGACUUUUUUUUGUAAAACUGUCAUAUACUUAAGUUGAUAAUCUAUAAUGAAGUGUAAAGUUUUCUUAGAUUUAGUCAACAUCUGUAAUCUUUUGGGGGUUUAUUUUUCUAUACAUAUACAUGUCCAGUUUUCUGAACAUUUUAAACAGAUAACAUUGACUACAGAUGAAUAGGCAUUCCAUUUUUGGAACAUACACUUCAUUGUGUUGAACACUGUCAGUACAUGGAAGUUAACUGGAGUAUAUUAAAUAGAAAUUCAUUACAUCCAAAAUAAAUUUGUUGCAAACUCACUGGUGGUGGAAGAUCCAAGCAGGUAUAUUUACUAAUGACCUUGCUGUACAUAAUUGAUAAUCUUAAAGAUGAAGUUUUCAAUCAUAGUUUUUGAAUAAACAGUAAAACCCGUCCUGUUGAAUGGCAAGUCAACAGUAAAAUUUCUUUGCUUUUUUGAUCAACAAUUUAAUGAAU